GAAGAGAUGAGGGUCACCACCCAGGAAACAUCUCCGACUAGGGAGUGCUGCCUCCGCAACUCUGAAGCCGGAAGAUCCGUAACUAAGGGCACCAGCUGCAGGAUCACACCCCUCUGGCCUUGUGACCAAGUCAGUGUAGGAUAUGGUCUGCUGUGGACCAUAAGUUCCUCUUGUUCGAGUUUCAAUUUUAAAAGGAACACAUUUAUUCUUUGUCUAUUGUAUCUUAGUGAAAAAUGCCACGAACUCGUCUGUGGAUAAGAGAGGAAACAAGAAUGUUGGGGGCCAUACAAAUAAUGACUGGUAUACUUCUUGAUUGCCUGGGACUGCUCUGGAUGUAUUUGUUUUUCACACAAAUUGUUGCAUUUGGAGCGACAUAUACUCCUAUUGCAUUACUAACAGCAUACCCAUUUUGGUCAUCCUGGCUUUUUAUCUUCUCGGGAGCCUUUACAGUAUUGUUAGAAAAGAGACGUUCACCAUUCUUGGUGUCUUACGCUUUAGUAGUAAACAUCAUAAGUGCCUGUAUUUCAGUGAUUGGUCUGCUUUUACUAUCAAUUGAGUUUAUAAAAUAUAGUAAAAGUUCAAAAAAUCCACUUUGGCCACAAAAAACUGGUAAACUCCUUUCGGAAUAUCUGUUCAUAUUAACCAUCUUGGAGUUGUCUGUCACAAGUAUAGUCAUCCACUGGGCAUUCCAAGCAAAAUAUACAGGAAGAUAAAAAUGCAGUUCAUAGCAGAAGGAGAUCCUUUUUCUACAUAUUAAAGAAACCAUCGGUGAGCUCAGUCAAGGACGAAAGUUUAGUGACAGAUGAAGAACUUCAUUCUGUUCAAGAGGCUUCUUGGAAAAUGUAAUUUCAUUAAAUCCAUGUCAGUAUUCUCUUUCCCCUAUUUCAUUAAUAAAAAUGAAAAUUGA